GUUUAUUUUGGAAAUAAUGGGCGGAGAACUAUGGGAUUGAGAAUUGAGAUUUGAUAGAAGGAAAGAAAAAGUUAGCCGAGGAGAGUGAGGGAUGAUAGGGAAGAAGACGAACUCAGAAAACAGAGACAUCAUAGAAGACAAAGGAAUCAGCUCAUCUUCCUCCCCCAUUCAAGCCCUAAUCAACAUUUCUCCAUCUUCCUGUUAUUAUUAUUAUAAUCCAAACGCACGCGUUUGUGUAUUUAUUCAUUCAUAUAUAUGUUGCUGUAAAUUCGUUUUGUUCAUGGCGGAUUCGCAUGCGGAGCAAUAAAGUUUGAUUCAAUCGGGAAGAUUUCGCCAUUGCACUUGGUUGUGAGUUUUGGAUCCUUGACGGCGAUUGCUUCCCUGCUUCCGAGGGGGAUUCUGGCUCAGAUCUGCGGCGAUUACGCCAGUCUCUGCAAUGGAUGAGCUGGACAUGUUGGCCCGUGACUUUGGCAUCCGACCAGGCGGGAAAUCGGCGCCCAUGAGAUCCGACGCAGGAGUUCGCGGCCCCUCAUCCGCGCAGUCCUCGCCUUUCUUUGGCGGCGCGCCCAAGUAUGCGAACUCCAAUGCCGAUAAUAAGGCCUCGUCCAUGAAUGAUAUUGAUUACGAUUCCAUAUUUACAUCUGGCAAUGAUGCUAAGAGCAAUAGCAGCAAGAGUUCUUCUUUUCCUGUAAAUGAUAAGCCAAUCUACGAUGAUGACAUUUUUGAAGGAAUGCCAGGACUCAAGAGCAAAUCAAUGUCUUCGUCAACUGCUAGGUUUGACGAUGAUUUGUUUGCCUCAGUGGUCUCACGGCCAAGAAAGAAUCAAGAUACUGACCAUUUUGAUGAUCUGCUGGGGACUCUGGGGAAGAAUGAGAAGGCGACUGAAGCAAAAAGUAGUAAAAGUUUGAGAGGGUUUGAUGAUUUGCUAGCUGGUUUUGGGAGUGGUAAUUCAACCCGUACGAGCAGGUCAUUUACAGAGCCCGAUCAACACUCUAAACAAUCUGGAUACUCCAAUAGGACUUCAAGUAUGGCAGAUGAUCCUUUUGGAGUCCUAGAAACAUCUGUAGCAGCCCCUUUAACAGGGGUAUUCUCCGAUCCACUGGAGGGCAUCACAAACCCUGGUAGAUCGGGGAGUGCCAAAGUUGAUUCUUCAUUUGUUUGGGGGAGUGAAUUCGAUGAGCUGGAUCGGCUCAAUGGUUUUGGUGGAUCAGUGCCUGCAUUUUCUACUGAAACGAAUAAGAAAAGGAACAAUGAGAGCCCUUCUAGGGAAAUAUCAGGGAGAAAUGAGAAGCAAACGUCUAUUUUAAGAGAAAACGGUGAGGAAUAUUCAUCCCGACACUCUGAGAAGCAUCCUCACAAGUCAGUUCGUGGGCAUGGGUCUCCAGAGUCAUUGGUUGAAGCACUUACAAAGGAUUCUCAGAAAUCUGUUCGCCAAGACGCUGCUUCUACCCCCCACUCACCUCAAUAUGCAAGUGUAAGUCAUAAUGAGAACAGUUCACCGGUAGAUAUGUCUCCUGGAUUAGAAGAACAGGUGCAUGCUUCAGAAGAUAUUUGGAUUACAGUAUCAGAGGUCCCACUUUUCACCCAGCCUACAAGUGCUCCACCUCCGUCACAUCCCCCUCCUCCAAUUCCACGACAAACCUCUAAAUUGGGGACAGAUUUGUUUUCUUCACAUACACGGAGAGGUGAUGUGUAUGCAUCGUCUCCAAAAUUCACUCAAUAUUCUGAGAGUCCCAAGACUUGCAGUGAUGUGGCUAAGAGCUCCACAGCUUCACAACUGCAUGAACUCGAGGAAUUUGCCAUCGGUAGGAACCAUAGCAGUGUUGGUGGAGCUCAAAGUUCUCCUUCUAGUGAACAAAUGAAUGCAAACUCUAUUGCUGCUGCAUCUGCUGCUGCAAUGAAGGUAGCUAUGGACAGAGCUGAAGCUAAGUUUAGGCGUGCUAAGGAAGUUCGGGAAAGAGAGUAUGCAAAGGCUGCUAGAAGUACGGUGCAGUUGGCAAAGGAUGAGCAGGACAUGCCUGAGGUUCAAGAUCGAGAAUUGAAGGAAGAACGUGAAAUAUUAGAGCGUGAACAUCGCCAACGUGUGAACCAAGAGGAAGAACAGAAGAGACUUGAAAGGGAGAGAGAAAGGGCAAGGCAAGCUGUUGAAAGGGCUACUAGGGAAGCACGCGAAAGAGCUGCUGCUGAAGCUCGUAUAAAAGCUGAAAGAGCUGCUGUGGAGAAGGUAGCUGCUGAAGCUCGAGAUCGAGCUGGAAGGGCUGCAGUUCAGAAAGUACAAGCAGAAGCCCAUGAAAGAGCUGCUGCUGAAGCAAGGGAUAGAGAAGCACAGGAAAAAGCUGCUGCUGCGAGCGCUCAGUUUGAGGCACGCCGGCGAGCAGAAAGAGCUGCAGUAGAAAGGGCUGCUUCUGAGGCUCGAGAAAGGGCUGCUGCUGCCGCCGCAGCUGCUGCCAAAAGAGUGAACCAAGAAAAUAAUGGUGAUGAUUUGGAAUCCUUCUUUAUUAUGGGUUCUCGAGCAAGUAGUGCUCCAAGGCCAAGGGCAAGUUCUCCUGAGGCUGUGUUUGAUACACAAUUCCAAACUAAAGGAGGCUCUGAAGGGGCCAAGGCGACACCUUCAUCUGGUGUAGCCUCCAACAUCCGGAAAGCAUCAUCAACAACAAAUAUUGUGGAUGAUCUAUCUUCAAUUUUUGGAGCUGCUCCAUCAUCUGGAGAUUUUCAGGAAGUUGAAGGUGAAAGUGAAGAAAGAAGAAGAUCUAGAUUGGAGCGUCAUCAGCGCACCCAAGAGCGAACGGCUAAAGCCUUGGCUGAAAAGAAUCAACGUGAUCUUCAAGCCCAAAGGGAACAGGAAGAAAGACAUAGGGUUGCAGAAGUUAUGGAUAUUGAAAUCAAGCGUUGGGCUGCUGGGAAGGAAGGAAAUCUGCGUGCUCUUCUGUCAACAAUGCAAUAUGUGCUUUGGCCGGAAUGUGGUUGGCAGCCAGUUUCAUUGACAGAUUUGAUCACUGGGGCAUCUGUCAAAAAAGUAUAUCGAAAGGCAACCCUGUGUAUUCAUCCUGAUAAGGUGCAGCAGAAAGGUGCCACUCUUCAGCAGAAAUACAUUGCUGAGAAGGUGUUUGAUCUUCUUAAGGAGGCAUGGAGCAAAUUCAGUUCAGAGGAGCUUUUUUAGACAAUCUGCCGAUUCUGCCCCAUUCAUUCGUUCGCGCAUUAGUUGCUUCGUGGGGGGAUUAUUGUUGGCGAUGGAUCUUGCAACUCCGGUUUAUAACCCCUAUAGUGGCUGAGCGGCAAGGUAAAGAAAAAUACUCCAUUGCUGCUACUGUAUAUGUUAUAUAAUGUCUUGAUGCGCCUCAGUGCGCAAUCUCAGUUGGAGCAACGUGACGCUCCUUCUGUUAUAAUGUUCACACUUCAUUUUCACAGUUUGUAUGAUCAUUUUGUCACCCUCUCCAAGUACUCAUCCUUUAAGGAGCAUUGGAAUAUUGUUGUGAUUGAUAGGUAUAAUACAAAUUGUAUUUUUUUUCCCCAAUGAUAUGUGAAAAUAGCAUACAGUGUUUCUGUUCCUUUUAGAAAAAUAUUUGCAUAUUUCACACUUGUGAUAUCACACAAAAGCAUAUAUGUUUGGUGAAAUUAAGUUUGUAUUUAAUGCUAUGUUUCGCCAAAGCCUUUCUUUUCCAUUCCAAUAAUCAAUUUAAGUAAUCAGG